UGUGAGUGAGAGGUUCAGGAAGCUCAGUCCCUCCGCAGAAUCAGAUCUUCUUACUUUUUGCAGAGGAGACCGAAAGCAAAUGGACACUUUUCAUCCCAGACCUACAACAACUGAAAAAUGAUAUCAUAUGGUUGCAAAACAGAACAAUAUAAACAUAAUCUGAUUCGUAUCGAUUAAUAUAAUUUCACCGUCGCGUGCGCGCCUCGCCUCAGUCCAUGAGCUCGCGCUAAUCGCAUCUGACUUGCCCUUCAGGUCUAAACAUACUGUGAGUACAAAGAUGUCUAAGCCCCCGAAUUCUGGGUCUCAUUCCCAGUCUAAAUCCAGGUCUAGAUCACGGUCCUACACACGUUCACACUCAAGGAGCCGAUCUCGUUCAAGAUCCAGAAAGCGCCGCUACAGUUCUAGAUCAAGGUCCCGUUCACCCAGUAGAGAGAGGAAUUAUCCCUCCAGAGAUUUUCAGGGCAAUCGUGGGUAUAACCGUGGUUUUCGCGGCUACCGGAGACCCUUCCAGUACCACCGGGGCAGAGGGCGUGGCUUCUACCCACGAGGUAACUACCACAGAGGUGGUGGCGCCCCCUACGGUUACCGCUCCAACAACUGGCACGGCCACAGAGACCAACAGCAACCGUACGACCACUCUCACAGUCCCAGGAGGGGACGAUCUCGUUCUCGCUCUAUCCCACGGAAACGUUCAGCAAGUCGAAGUCGCUCUCGUCAUUCCGACAGAUCGUCCUCUGGACGUUCUAGACGAUCCAGCUCUUCCUCUCGCUCCUCGUCUCCACGACGACGCAACUCUAGCUCCAAAAGACCCCAGUCCAAAGAUGGCAAGGGUAGGGGUUCGCCUGGCGAGGACAAGACAGCUGCCAAGGAAUCGUCGAAGUCUAGAGGGAGCCCUCCAGAGGAAGGUUCUAGUAAAUGGGAAGGCGUAACAGAUUACGAGGCCAGCCCCAAGCGCUCAGGCAAUGCAGCAUCUACAGGUGGUCCUUCAGAAAUUAAAGUGUCCCUGUCUGGAGGCUCUGGCAAUGGUGGUCCACUUUGGCGAAGCGUCGGUCCUGCCACUAAAAGCCCACCGCCAAAGACGUCGGCCUCAUCCGGCUUUGGCUUCUUUUCAAAGGAAGAUAUAAAGGGAGGGGACAAAUCGGCAUCCAUCUCGACCGCUUUCAAAAAGUUUUUGGCAGAAAAGAAAAAGCCCUUGCCAGACAGGGAUAAUGGCAGAGGUGAGGCUUUAAGCUCAGGCGACGCCGACAACGAGAAGAUGGUCGGUAAGUCGAGAAGCUUUUUCAACGCGCCGGAUACCGAUAAGAAUCUUCCGUUUCUGGACGCAGAGGAAGAGGAGUACCGCCAGGAAAUGAAAGACAGGAAGAACGAGGAAGAAUCCAAAUACAAGGAUAAACUCCCACUCUCCGUGCGAAACUUAGCGGAGGAGCGCUUCGGGAAAUGGGACGAAGACGUCGAGGAGGAUCUGGAUGAGGAACUUUACCGCAGUCGAAAGCAAGCAAGAAAGGAAGAAAAGGCUGCCAAGAAGAAAGAAAAGAAGAAAAGCAAGAUAAGUCCAUCUGGUCUAUCGCCCUCUAGAGUACUGGAGAAUAAAAGCAGACCACUUUUCCCGUCCGGAAGAGAGGUCUCGCCCUUAACUAAAUCCUCGUCAAAGAAAGACCCACAGUUUAACUUCAGCAUAAAAGCUUUCGCGGAUGAAGGAGAAAGCUCAUCAGGUGCAUUAGCUAAAGAGAGACGUUUAUCACGGGAACUUUCAGCCCAGGGUAAAAAAGAUCACGAGGAGUUUCGUUCAAUCUUCCAACAUGUUCAGUCUGCUCAGCUUCGCAGGAGUCCUUCAGAGCUGUUUGCUCACCAUAUAGUUACCAUAGUACAUCAUAUUAAAGCACAACAUUUCCAGUCCGCUGGAUUGACUAUGAAUGAGCGAUUUGGAAUUUACCAAAGAAAAGCUGCAGAGAUGGAAACCAUGAAGCCGAAAAAGAGUCCCGAGAUCCACAGACGAAUCGAUGUGUCUCCCAGUGCUUUUAAGAAGCACUCUCAGCUGUUUGAGGAUUUUGAAGAGAGCGGCUACAAGGAUCAUGGUAAAAAACAUGACGCCGAUUCAUUGGAUCUUCGAUUGGCCAUUGAACGCCGUAAAAAAGACCCAAAAAGAGACGGAGGAAAGAGUUCAGCUGGGUCACGCACGCCCAGCCAUGAUCUCUCCCCUGAAAGAUCCUCCAAACACAAGAAAUCAAAGAAAAGCAAGAAGAAACGAGAGCGUUCUCCUUCAUCUUCCUCGUCUUCGUCUUCCUCUCCCUCUCCAUCCCCUCGUCACUACCGAGUGAGGGAUUAUCAUAUGGACGAUCAAAUGGAGGGUGGAGGAGGCUUUAAUAAGGCCCGUCUGGGGCCCAGAGAGUUCCCCGGGCACAUGGAGCGUGGACCCCGUGACUAUGAGGGUCACAUGGACAGGGGUUAUGAGAGGGGCAGAGGAGGGUACGACCGUGGAGGAUAUGACAGGGGUCGUGGGGGUUAUGACCGUGGAUUUCCAAGAAUAAGAGCUAGAGGAUGGAACAGAGGAAAUUACCCUGGCAACAACAUCGGUAAUAAUCCUCUAAAUAUGCCCGGUCCCUCACGCCCCCCGGAGGAAGAGUGGGACCCAGAAUACACCCCUAAAAGUCGGAAGUACUUCCAGCAUGAUGACCGAGACAAGGAAGCUGAGAUGAAGUGGUUGGACACUCGGGGACGUGGCAGAGCGAGUUUCCCGCGCACCAGGGGUACAUUCAUGGUUCGCAAGGGUGGCAGCAGCGGCAGCCCCAAAUGGACCCACGACAUGUUCCCGGGCACCACCGAAGAGGGAGAAAUAGCAGACAGCAGUGCAGAUCAUAGCCUUAAAGAUGAUGACAAGUCUGGGGAAAGCCCUACUUCCAAGCCAUAGACAUUGUUGUUAGCAUCUAUCUUCAUCUGUCUGUCCUUCAUGUCUGUCCUCAACAGCAGCUAGUGUGACAUGAGACACCUUGAGAAGGAAGAAUUGUCUGUCAUGCAUUACCGUAUGGGUAGAGCAGUGUGAUUUAACAUCAUUGUUUCAUAUUUUUUAUCUUUUAUAUGUUUUUUUUUUUUUUUAAGGGUGUAGGGGGUCUUUGAUGUCUUCUUUAUGAGUGAUUGUAAAAAUAAUUUGGGGGAAAAUAGGAAAUUGGUCUUUAAAGGAAAAGGUACCUUGCAGAGGACGUCUCUGUAUGAGCAGCAUGUGUUGGCUUUAAUCAUUCUAGAUUGCAAAUUGAUUUUUGUUUAAAAAACUGCACCUGUGCCUUAGGUUGAACUUGGAUUUUGCUUUUUUAUUUUGUGUAAAUCAUGCAUAUAUAAUGCAAACAUUAAUUAUUCCCCCCUUCUUUUAUUUUGAGUCCCAUUGAUGGUAAAUUGUUGUACUUGACCUAUUUUUUUAUGUACAGAUUUCUUACUAAUUUGGUUCUCGUAUAUUUAACGUCUAAUUUAAACACAUUUUUGCUGAUGAAUUAUAAUUCUAGCGUUCAGCGUAACAUGGAAAAGAGACGCAUAGCUUUGUGAAAUGUAAUUACUUUAGCUUUUCUAUAUCAAGCAAAAAAAGUUUUAGAUGAUAAUUCAUCCCAUUUUAAAGUGUAACAUUUAGCAAGAAUUUGCUUGUAACGAUGCAUUUAUUGCAACAAAAUACUGUUAAACCAACCAAAUAGUUAUCACCUGCACCUGUGUUUAAAAUGACUGAUUGUGGCAAAUUUUGCCAUCAUUACAUUUGGUGAGAUUUUUGUUGAUUUGUGCAUGCUGCACUGUACAGACAAGGUAUAAAAUGAGCUUAUAGGACUGUGCUGCUGUCUGUAGUCUAUAGAGAUGAUAAUACUGUAACCCUGUGAUUUUUCUGUUGACAUGUACAAACUGCUCAGUCAGUGCUUUUGAUCUCCAUGGUGAAUCUGAAAUAAAAACUUAUCCAAGUCA